AUGGCUCUCCACGCAACCGACGACACAAUCGUCCUCUUGCGCCAACAGAUAUCGGCCACGGAAGCUCAGCUCACCUCCCUUAGACAGCAACUCGCACAGGCCGAAUCCCGCCGCGAGACUGCCCGACAUCUCGAGCAAGCAUAUCAGGGCGGCUUCCCCGCCGAAUGGAUCGGCGAAACGCUUUCCGCUGUCACCGGUUACACGGGUAGCGUGCAUAGUCCGGAAGAUAUUGUUACGAGCAUCGGGCAGAUUGGCGGGAUUGAGUUCGCCGAGAGUCGUGGCGAGGGCAGGUGGCCGUUGCUGGGAGAGGAGUAUAAGAGAUAUGGGAGGCAGAUGAUUAUGCAGGAGGUGGGAUUACACGGCCAGCUGAGGCUGAAGAAUGCCAAAGUGUUGAUUGUGGGAUGUGGUGGAUUGGGAUGUCCUGCAGCGACGUAUCUUGCCGGGGCCGGUGUUGGGACCAUAGGCCUGAUGGACGGCGAUGUGGUGGAGCUUUCCAACCUACAUCGCCAGAUUGCACAUGCAACAUCAAGAGUCGGGAGGAGCAAGGUUGACAGCGCAUAUGAGCACUUGACCGAGUAUGUAGGCUACAAAGGGCACUUUCGAACGAAUCAUCUUUUCUGAUAUUGGAAUGGUAGGUUGAAUCCCAGGAUCAAGUACGAGCGCCACCCCAUGCAUCUCUCUCCCUCGUCCGCGCUACGCAUCUUCUCGCAGUACGAUCUGAUCCUGGACUGUACCGAUCAUCCAACCUCGCGAUACCUCAUUUCCGAUGCAUGUGUCCUUGCCCAGAAACCACUCGUCUCCGCGUCGGCACUGAAAACCGAAGGACAACUCAUCGUCCUCAACAAUCCCCCUCGCCCAGCAGGUGAUGCAUCAGGAGGACCUUGUUACCGGUGCAUCUUCCCCAAACCACCACCAGCGGAUUCCGUCCUCUCAUGCGGCGAAGGUGGUAUAUUGGGCCCCGUGGUAGGCACGAUGGGAGUCCUACAAGCACUGGAAGCCUUGAAACUUGUCCUCGCCAAAUCAACACCUCAGCCUCCGGACUCCUCGCCAAAAACACAGAUGCUCAUCUUCUCGGCCUUCUCCACCCCCCAAUUCCGCUCAGUCCGCAUGCGGGGACGGCGUGCCUCGUGCGCUGCUUGCUCCGUGAACGCAACCAUCACUCCAAACCAACUGACAGACGGAAGUAUGGACUACGCAGCGUUCUGCGGUGUCACGGACCCUAUCCAGCGCCUGCCGUCACAUUUGAGAGUAUCAGCCAGCGACUUCGCGCGUCUGCCCAGAGACGGCAGGAACAUGCUCAUCGAUGUGCGAGACGAGACACAAUAUGCUAUGUGUGCUUUACGAGGCUCGAUCAAUGUCCCUUGGCAAGGCAGCAAGGAGAAAUGGAUACAGAAGGCCGUAGAAGCUGGCGCAAUCUCGUCUGGAUAUGACGGCAGGGAAAGAUAUGUCGUGUGUCGGUAUGGAAACGAUUCGCAGCUAGCCGUGCGAGCGGCGUGGGAGGCGCUGGAAGCCACAUUAUGGCCCGAUGGAACGGAUGCCAGAAUCAGGGAUAUUCGGGGGGGGUUCAGAGCGUGGAGAGAAGAAGUGGACGCGGACUGGCCGGAUUACUGA